AUGGAACUGAGGGUUGGCAAUAAAUACCGGCUGGGACGGAAAAUCGGCAGCGGAUCGUUCGGUGAUAUCUACCUGGGUAAGUCUCGUCUCUGGCUAAAUCAGCGGGGUUCACGGCUGUAGUGAUCUGUUGCGCAAACCUUCAUAGUACUGUCAUUAAUAAAUAGCCCUUCUGGUUUUUGGUCGCUACUUGGGACACUGAUGGCUGUGAGUGUGACAAGUGCCCAUUAGUGUAGUAGGUACUGCGACAAUUGACGUGCAAACUUGAGUCACCGUUGUGUGUGAUCAACGAAUAUUGUUAUCGCAUUUAUAUUGUGUUCAAUUAACAGAGUUGAUGUAAUAUAAUAUUAUACUUAACUUUCACUAGAUAAAUAUUAUUAAGUUUAAUGAAAUCGAUUAGGUAUCUAAAACAUAGGUAUACCACCUAACAAAUAACAGUGGUCAAAUUCAAAUAUUGUGACUUAUUCCUUAAAAUAGUAAUUUGACAGUUCCACCUGUGAACAUUUAUUUUGAACAAAUAAAUAUAUGUUGUACCUUACCUAGAUAGUGGUUAUCAAUUUAAAUAAAUUAGUAAAAAUUAUAUUAUAGUUAGUAUUAACAUUAAUUUAAAUAUACUUAUUAUUUAAAUUAUGUUGUUCAUUGCACAGCAUACAAAACUCAAAGAAUAUUCAAAGACCACAUUCUCCUAAUAUAGGUACAUAUAAUUUAUAUUUUUUAUAAAAUUAAUAUAAUAAACACAAAUUAACAUUAUCUUAUUCAAUGAUUUCAGUUCCCUUAUUAUUGUUUUGUAAUGUACAAUAUCUAUCAAUAGUAAUCACAGUAGGUUCUAUAUCGGUUUUAUUUCUUUAGAAGUAUUAUAUAAUAUUAAAAACAUAGCUGUUAGUAUAGUUUUAAUGUGUUUUAAAAAUAUAUGCAAAAUUAUAACUAUCUACUCAAUAAUAAUAAUAAAAAAAGUAUAAUCAAGGUAAAUAACAGAGUAAAUAAAAAACUUUCUAUAUAUAGAUAGAAAUUACUUAGUCUAUAACUAUUAAUAAUGUAAUAGGAUUUACCAAGUAUCUUUCUUUUAUUAUUUAAUAAUUUUAGUUGUUUUUAUAUUAUAGUAAUAACAAUAAUUUAAAUAUUUAUUUUCUCGUAGGUACAUAGAGAAAACAAUUUUGAAACAAUUAAACUAUUUAUGGAUACCUAAAUAGUACUAUAUUUUAAUGUGAAAAAAUCACUAUCAGUACCAUAUUUAAAUGUUGUCAUGAUGGGAGGGAUAUAUUUCCAGAAUAUGCAUUAUCAAGGGUUUAGUUUCUCAGUCCCUCUCCCAUUCAACACUGCCUCUCAAAAAUUGUGACAUUUUACAUUGCUCCAAUGGAUUAAUAUUUUUCCAUACAAUUAUUAGAGAUCAAUAAAAUAUAUGUAGCAAUUUUAUUUUAUUUUCUAUAACAGUUUUUUUAUUUUUAUUUUAGGUACAUUUCAAAGUUCAAAUAACACUAUAACACAAAAUCUAAUUUUCUGUUUUUUAAACAUAGCUUAUUGUUGACAUUUUAUUGUUUCUAUACCAUGACAAUAGAAGCCAUCCCAUUUAUAGUCAAUAACAAAAUUUACAUAUCUUGGAUAUUAAAAAAAAUAUAUAUAUUUUAAAAGGAGGCUCUGAACUUUUUAUAAUACCCUGGAUGAUAUAUCCUCCUCUAAAAUACACAAUUCUAUAUUAAAGCCUUAAAUUGUAAUCUUAUGUACUGGUUUAUUUAAGAAAAUAUUUACCUAAUCUUAUAUAAAAUAAAAAUUGUAUAUAUUAUUAGUUGAGUACAUGUAAGAACAAUAAAAUUAUAUACAAUAUAAUCCAAGGCACUAUCUACUUACAAGAUUCUGAUUUAAAUUUGAAGUAGGUGAGAAUAAUUUUAAGUCAAUUUAAUUAGUUGUUAGUGAUUAUCCUGCUCGAAGUUUUACUUGUCUUAGUAAUACAACUACUACCAAAUGAUACAAUGAAUAAUUAAUAUAUUAUAUAAAUUGUAUAUUAUAAAUUACACUUAAUUUACAUAAAUACAAUUAAAUAAAUUUGUAAACACAAAAUUAUAAAUAAAAUAAUAUCACCUAAUAAUCAAAACGAUUUCUUAUGUAAACCUAAAUGAGUGUAUGAUAUACUUAAAUGUGUGUGUCAAGUAAAAUAUCAGUCGGUUCUUUCAAAUUGCCAAUGAUAAGGGCGGUGUCGGUAGUGAAUGAUUGCAAUUUAUUAUAUAGUUAUAAAUUAAAUUAAUUUAAAUUCAUCUUAUCACUGAUCCAUGAGUAACUUGAUGUAAUAAUAUUUAAUUGUCAGGACAUUUUUGAAGUUUGACACAAAUUGAAUAUUUGACAAAAAAAAAUUGCCGCAUGAUCAGACUUUAAGGAUUACUUUGGUGACAUAGAUGUCAUAUUAUAGUAGAAAAAUGUAUUAUAAUGCACUGCUGUAUAAAUUGUAUUUCAAUCAUAUAUUAUCGUAAUGUUUUCUGUUUUUCAUUUAUUAUAUAUUAAUAAACAAAAAAAAACCAGUCAAUAUUUUGGAGACACGGGGAAACUUUAAAUUGAAUUUCUUUUAUUUUUUUAGUUUUUUAAUAAUUCUACUUUUAAAUUUUCAUUUAAAAAGGGGAAAUUAAAUUGACACGAACAACUCUGGGUUCAGACUGCAUUGUGUAUGGUACAUUUAUUAUAAUUUUAGUUACUAUUAAUUAUGUAUUUGUAAUAUAUAUUUUAUCAAAUAGAAUUAAAAUUGCUUCUUGUAUAGUUGACUUAAUAGUAAUUAUUUUUGUUUUUAUCAAUACAAAUAUUUAAUUGAAUGGAUAAUAUAGUAACGCAAAAGCUUAAUUAUAAGAUAUACAAAUUUUAAUUUUUUUUAUUGUUAAACUCAAACCUCACAGUAUUUUUCUGUUAUUACAGGUACAAAUAUUUCUACUGGAGAAGAAGUAGCUAUAAAAUUAGAAUGUAUAAAAACGCGACAUCCUCAAUUGCAUAUAGAAUCCAAAAUUUACAAAAUGCUCUCGAGAGCACGUAAGUUAAAAUUAAAUAUUUUGUAUUUUCACCAAUAUUUUAUGUUAUGAUGUCUAUUAUUUAGCCGGAAUACCUAUAAUAAAAUGGUGUGGUUCCGAGGGCGAUUACAACGUUAUGGUAAUGGAAUUAUUAGGACCAUCAUUAGAGGAUCUGUUCAAUUUUUGUUCCAGACGAUUUUCAAUAAAAACAGUGCUACUAUUAGCUGACCAAUUGGUAAGAACUAUUAUGUUUUUGUCGGAGAUUACUUGAAAAGUUUUUUUUUUUUGUGUGUGUUUAAACAAUUUUAUAAGCCAAUUUAAUUAUUUAAAUCAUUUUAAUUUUUUUUUAAAUAAUUUAUUUAUGCUUUAUACUAAUAUUAGUGUAAAAUAUUUUUUUUAUUAACUUAUGUUAAUUUAUCUUUUUUCUAAAUUAAGUUAUGAUUUUUAUUUAAAAUUAAAAAUAAUAUAAAACAUGGCCAUAUGUUUUAUUUCAAUAACAUGGUUAAUUUGUUCGGCUCAUAAUCCCCGCAUAAUUAGAUUUAUUUUAACUUUAAUUAUAAAUAUAUAAUUUAAAAAAGUAGUAUUUCUUAAAAUUUUGUUUUAUGUGCUUCAGUGAUUUGUUUUUAUACUUCUAUUAUACUAUUUAAAAUUGGCCCUGAAUAUUAAUUUAAUCAUUUAAAUAAUAAUAUCUAAUAAUCUUUUGUUUUUUAGCUGGAUAGAAUAGAAUAUAUUCAUAGUAAAAACUUCAUACACAGGGAUAUAAAACCAGAUAAUUUUCUAAUGGGUUUGGGAAAACGUGGAAAUCUGGUGUACAUUAUAGAUUUUGGACUUGCAAAGAAAUAUUGUGAUAGCAGGACCAAUGAACACAUAAUGUAUCGAGAGAACAAAAAUCUCACUGGAACUGCUCGUUAUGCUUCCAUAAAUACUCAUUUAGGAAUAGGUAAUUAAUAUCAAAUUUGUUGUUUAAUUAAAUAUAGGGAUAUAUUUAUUUGUUUAGAACAAAGUCGAAGAGACGAUCUAGAGUCUCUAGGUUAUGUGUUAAUGUACUUUAAUCGUGGUUCUUUGCCAUGGCAAGGUUUAAAAGCGGCCACUAAACGACAAAAAUAUGAACGUAUCAGUGAAAAAAAAAUUGUAACUUCAUUUGAAGAUUUAUGCAAAGGAUAUCCAAGUAAAAAUUGUAUAACCUAAGCGCAAAUUUAAGUUAAUUAAAAAUUUAUGUCUAGAUGAAUUUUUAACAUAUUUGUUGUACUGCCGUGCAUUGAGAUUUACCGAAAAACCGGAUUUUACCUAUUUAAGGCAAUUAUUUAGGCAAUUAUUCCAUCGUCAAGGUUUCACAUAUGAUUAUAUUUUUGAUUGGAAUAUGCUUAAAUUUGUGAGUGUUUUGUUUAUAAAUUAUUGUACAUGUAUUGCAAGUGUUUAAUGAUAAAAAUAUUUUAGGGUGCAAAUGGUGGUGCCCGGUGUAGUGGAUCUGACGAUCAAAAGAAUGCCUCCCAUCAAGAUAGACGUGCAAUGCAAGAUAGUAGUUCUCCUGCUACUAAUGUUGCACCACUAAAUAGUCGGGCCCAAGCUGAUCAGAGUGGUAUAAAGAAUUAUUUGUCCAAAGUUCCUUUGGUACCAAUGGAUAACUGUUCAGGUAAGAUAUUCUAUCAAUAACUUAUUUUCAAUUAUUAUGGAAUAAUUUAAUUUAAACGUGUUUUCUUACAAAAUAUUUUAGGGGGUGGUGUUAUCCAACCAUUACAAUCAAGAUUACGUUAUAGUGCUGAUCCUGGUUCUGCAAGACCAGUAAGAACACAAACUCGAAGUUCAGCAAUGGCAACAUCUGAUUCACCAUCUGUUACUCAGCCUUUGCAAACCAAGUCAGUAUCUGUGACCAGACGCAAUCGCCAUCAAACUUAAUUCUAACAAAUCCUAAACAUGUUUUUCUCAUAACACCAGCUAACAUUUUUUAAAAAAAAAUAAAGUUAAUUUUUAAUUUAUUUUUAUACACCAACAAAAAAAAAUAUGUUGAAAAUAUCAUAUUUUUUUUAUUAUUAUUAUUUUUUUGUUAAUGACACUCAUUGUUGCAUUUAUUUUCACAAUCUUGCACCAAAUAUCAGCAUGGGGAUUGUUAUAUUUUGCUUACAUUUUAUAUGAAAGACUAUGGAUAAACUUAACCAUGGUUGAAAAUUUAUUAAUAAGAAUGAUUAAUAUUUCUGACAUGCUUGUGUAUAUGUAAAAUCAAAUUAUCCAUCAACUCAAAUAUUAAUGCAUGCCUCAUGUUAAUAAUUUUGAUUUUGUAUAGGGCAUAACAAAAAAAGUAUUCUUUUGUAAAUAAAAACUAUUAAUACAUUUUUUUGUAUGUAAUUCUGGUGGGAGUAUAUUAACUAAUUUCAUUUAAACAUCAAAUUUUACAUUUUCAAACAUUUUUUUCUUUAUUGUUUGAAAUUGUUAAUUUGAGUGUUAAUUAUUUAUUUUUUAUUUGUACAUAAACCUGUAUCAUAUAUAACUAUAAAUCUUGAUACUCUUUUUGUAAUUUUUUUUAAGGGUUACUACAAUAAUUCUUAACUCAUUUCAAAAUAUAUACACUAUUGAAUUUUAAAUUUUUUUAACAUGUGUUGCCUAUAGCUUCCAUGUCCUAUCUAACAUAUUAAUAUUUCAACGUCAAGAAUUUAUGUAAGAACUUUUCUUUUCUUUGUUUUGGAAGCGUCUCCGGUCCAAUCAUACCACCUGCGUGAGCCCCAAUGCGGGUCAAAGCACUGGAUAGAACGCCAAUCACGCACGAGCAUAAAUAAACUAUUGUGUUUAAAUUAUGUAAAUAGCCUAGCCUAUUUUUAUUAUUACUAUUAUUUUUUUUUUUAAUUAUUUUGAUUAAGAUAUAAUUAAGUAUUUUUUAUGUAAUUCAAAUAAAAUACAUUAAUUGAAAUCUAACAACCAUUUUCAACAAAAGUUAAAAGAAAAAUAUUAAUACCUAUUUAACAAAAAAUAAUAUGGGCAAUAAAACAAUUUUACACGAUUGUUCUGAGCUUUUAUUUUCAAAAAAAAAUUAUACAAGUUUAUUAUCUAGGUAUGAAACCUGAACCAUUACCUCUAUAGAUAUGUACAAUAAAAUUACUAAUAUAUAUUUUGGUUUAAUAAUUAUAAAUCUUUGUAUCUCUCAUUAAUUUUUAUAUUGAAAUAUAAAUAUUUUAAGUUUUUUCGCUGUUUUAUUAUCAAAUUUUACUUAUACAAUUUUUUAUUAGUGCCCUUUUUAAUUAUUAUUUUUACUAUUGUCACUAUCAAAUUAUAUCUACAAUUUGUUUUCCAUUAUGCUUGGUUAACAUUGGGAAUACAUAUUGUUAAGAUACAUUCAAUUUAAUUAUUAUAUACCUUGCUUGUAUAGUUAAAAUUUAAUUUAGCUUCUUUUGGUUGUGUAUUUUUAAAAAGUUAAACAAACCAAUGUGAAUUUUAUUUAUUAUAUAAUUACAUUAAUUUACAAUAAUUAGUUUUUUUAUAUGCUUUAUCAUUCAAUAAUCAGCCCCCCUCCAAUAUACUAGUUUAUUUCUAUCUACAGAGUUGACCACGGACUUAGAACGUGGGUUGAUAUCGGUAUGGCGAGAGGUAUAGGUCUGCUAAUGUUUUCUCCUCUGUUAUCUUAAAACUGGAAUUUAUUAUAUAUUAAUAAUAGUAUUACCGGGGGUUUAAUUUUUUUGUUAAAUUUUUUACCGUGAUAUAUUAUUUACAUUAGAAUUGUUAGAUGAUAUUGUAAAUAGUUCGCAUUGCGACCUUCUUCACUUACCUCUUGUAUGUCAAUUGAGUUCCACUUUUAAACUGCUCGAUAAUAUUAUAUUAAAUAUUAGUCUAUACUAGCAAAUCCUCAUACAAAUGUAUUUACAUUAAAAUAUUUCUUUUAAUAUAAUAAUUUUUUUUGAAAGCAAUAUAGGUACCAAUAUGACAUAUUUUUGAAGAUUUUUAAUCUAUUGACUGAUAUUUGUACUAGUAAUAUUAUUUGUUCAAAUUAAUUUCUCAACUUAUGAUUAAGACUAAACUUUGAUUUAAAAAAAAUAAUACAUAACCAAAAACCUGUGAUGAGAUUGGUCUUCUUAUAAAAAUGGUAAAUUUGAUUUUAAAACGAAAAGUGAGUGUAUAUACAACAUUUAUUCUUUCAAAUAAAAAUUGAGGUCUAAAAUCGGUUUAUGUUUUGCUUUUAAAAAAUAACAUAUUUAUUAUUUGUAUCAAACUAAAAAAAAAAAAAUUGCAUUAUAAUAAAAUAUUAACAUCAGAGUUAAUGGCUUUUAUUAUAUAAUUUCAAUUUUUUUACUUUAAUUAUUUGCUGCAUUAAUAUUAUUACAGUAAGUACAAUAUUGUCCUUGUUUAUUUGAUUAGAUUAAAAUUUGUUACAAUCAUGCUUUAGCAUAUUAUAUUUAACUUACGUUUGCUGGCUUAUAAUGAAUUUUAGUUUUCAAAACAAUUUUUAGUUUUUUCACAGUUAUUAAUAAAACAAAAAUAUAGUAAUAAACUACUAUUUAUAUGAUAUGAAUGCUUUCAGUAAUUUUUAAUGGGAAUUUUGGUGUCUAUAUAUAUUUAUUUUAUCUUUUUAUUUGUAAUAUAAAUAUGUUUGUCUAGUGGACGAUGGAGAUAA